UUUGACAGGUCAGCCUCGAGCCUCUUUUUAGCUUCUCGAGUAGCGUAUUUUAAUUUUAUUUUAUGUUAUCAUUUUAUUUACGCGUAAUAUUUAAUAUGUAUGUAGUAAUUAUGGUAGUGUAGUUUGUAUUUUAGAUUUUUUAUAAGUGCACUUACAGUGUUACAUAAACAGUACGUCGCCAAUCGUGUCGGCAAGCCGUAUGUAUAUACCUAGGCAAUACGUCAGUGAAUGAAUGUUGGCUCUAGAUAAUGGAUGUUGAUGCACCUAACAUAUUGAAAAGGAGCAGCAGCGCACCUCUAAUCAAUGAGGCAGCCUCCACGGCAGUCACUUCACCCACGACGAAUACAGCGCCCAGAAGUACGUCAUUCUUCAGCAUGUUCUCGAACAACAACCUGUCGCGUACGCGUCGGCAUAGCGGCAGCUCGAGCCCACACUCCGCACCUAUUAAUUUGUCCAGCGUAUGGGGACGGCGCAUGACUCCCCGAGUGAGCCAGCUGCGUGCAGAGGAGUGCGCAGACGUGAGCAACACGCGCGAGGUGGCGCACGAGCGCGAGGUGCACUGCGCCAUGCAGAUGGGCCAGUCCUGCGAGGACUUAGCUCUUGCCGCCGGCGCCGGCGCAGCGCACUCGCCCACACGACUCGCCAGAUUUUCCCCGGUAGUGUCACCAUCGCCGACGCGGAAAUAUACGACGCGACGGAGUCUUUCUCCAAUAGCGAUCCGUGCGGCAACUCUGAGCCCGGUGAGCCGGCCCAGCGCGCUGGGGGGCGGGGGCGGGGGCAAGCGGCGCUGGGACGAGGGCGAGUCGCCGCUGCCCAAGCGCAUGUGCACAGACAGACUGACGCCCUCCACGCCCGGCACGCCCGGCACUCCGGACUCCGACCUCGAAUGCACCUUCAGGCCGGUGUCGCCGCGGCACAUGCACGAGGCGCAGGACCCCGCACACAAAGCCACGCCCAGCUAAUAGUAUGUACACAAUGACCGUCUCAAGGCUGUGGAGUUUCUUGUAUUUGUUCAUGUCCGUCUCCUUCAUUUUGACAUUGACUAAACAAAGAUUUUGACCGAUUAAUUUGUCACGCUUUUAUAGCAUAGCGUCUAAUCUAGUAAGGAUUUCUUUGAAUAUUAAUAGAUUGACCCAUCUUGAAAAUGAUUGUUCGCUUUUUCUACCUGUCUCUUACAAUCUCCUGCUUUAAAGUAAUGAAUUUUGUUUUGUUUGUAUGUAACAGAUAAUUAUCUUAACGGUCUACAUUGAUUGUUUUUAUCAUUUAUUUUGUUAAAUUCCAAUUAUCAAUAUUACAUUUGGAUUAACAAGGAUUCAUAGAGUAUUUUUGUGUAUUAUAAAAAUGGGCUUCCAUAAUAUUGUUACUAUUUAAACUUUAUUUAAAACAUGUAAUUGGUUUUAAAUGGCUUAAGUUCGGUAUGUUAUUUUGAUGUCCCAUAGCCCGUUGUGAACCAAAUACAGAUGCCUCGAUUGUAGCGAUGACGAGGCGAUAGUUGUAGCCAUUGUGAACCUUAUGUGAAUACAUUAAGGUCGUAGUUUCGGUGCAUUCGUGUAGUCUACAUUUAGUUCCUAGUAGAACUUGAGUACCGUAGCGUAGUGCGGGCGAGUGCGCUGUUCAUAGCCAAAGCAUGAAAAACUUUAUAUUGUAAAUAUUUAGUAGCGUUCGUGUAUUGAACGUCUUAUUGUAUAUACUUAGUUUAAGAACAAUCGUAGCCAUUAAUUUAAACAUUCGUGUUCAUUGCGCUCCCGAUUGUAAAUUGAUUUAUGAUCUAUUACUUGCCACUGUUUGACAAUAGAAUAUUUAUACAGGGAUCUAUGGUUUUUAUUUUUUUCAUGUGGCAACACUUUUACUUGUAAAACUGGCUGGUUAAAUGACAAUAUUGAAAAAAAAAAGAUAAUUGGAGGUAUUGUCACAUUACAUUCGUUUGAUUUAAUUUUGAAAUUCUAUUCAUUGUAUUGUAUAAUCGAAAUUAUUGUAGAUUUCAUAUCAUAAGAAUGAUAAAUUAUACAAAAGGAAAGAUUACAUGGGUUGACUUUUAACUACAGUCAAAAGUAUCCAAAAUAAUUGAGUUUUCUUGUUUAAAUUGUUCCAAAACUUUCAUUAUUUAGUAUGCUUAAGUAACUUGCCAUUAAAAUGAUGUUUAAGUUAUAUUUAUGUCUGGUUUCUAGAAGACAUUUCUAUCUUUGACCGACUUCCCAAAAGACCGUACUCAAUUUGUUUGUAUGUCUUUUUUAACACAAUGUUAAAUUAUUAUCAGAUUGAUUACAAUCAAGUUUACUUUUUAGUAAAUCAAUUUUGGUUGAAACAAUUAGAUUCUUAUACAUAUAAAAUUGGACUGUCGGUUGUAAUAUUGAAGAAAAAAUGUUUCUUGAACAUUGUUGAUAAAAACCAAUUAUUAAAAAUAUUGUGUCUGUCCGCAAGUCCACGUAAUCUCCGAAACUUUGGGGGAGAGAUGAGAAGGGUAGUCUUUAAGAAACCAGUCAUAAGGUCAUUUACAGCCUUAAAUAAACGCGGUAUAAAUUUAAACCUAGGAAAAAACUGACUAUAGGCAAAACUUGUACUAAUAUUUGCUUACUCAGUUUAUUCCUAAGUUUAUCUUUAUACCGCGUUUUUGUAGGGCUGUUAGUCUUUUGUUCAGAGUAUUUUAUAUUGUCUUCUUAUUUUUAUUGAUCUACAGUUUUAAAAUUGAUUAUAGCUCUUUAGUUAUCAUAAUUUUGAUUCAUCAUACAUUAAAUUCAUGUUUUUAAUAUAUAAGAAUUAAUAUUACAGUGCCAAUUUAUCGGAAUUACCUUUAUCUUUGUUAAAUUGAAAUAGUUUUUGAGACUGGCAAAAACUAUUUGAAAUAAUUUAAAAGCUACCUCAAUACAUGAGUUGUCUUAAUUGUAUAUUUAUUAUUCUUAUGGAAUUAUAACAAUAUAUAAUGUACGCAUUGUGAUGUAUUUGUAUGUUUUGUAAAUGUGUAUAAAGCGGCCCAGGGGAAUAGGGAGUUUCCUAUUGGGACGAAUUGAAUGGGAAUAAAUUCCAAUGGAUCGAUUGAUCGGUCCAACGGGAAACAUCCGAAAUGUAGGGUUUUGUAUUACCUCAGAUACACUGAUGUGAGCUGUUAUGAUGCAUUUGAUUUAUUAUAAUUUGUACAUAAUGUAUUCAAGUUGUAUGUAGGACAGUGCGGGCUGCAUAGUUCUUGUCAUCUUUAAAGUUUUGUUAUUGUUUUGAUGAUUUCGAACUAAAGUGAAUAUGAUAUCAAAAUCCAUAAUAAGAAGUUAGAAUAUGCUCAAAUAAUAUAAGUGUAAAUGGAUUUUUUUGUCUUUGUAUAGCAGUAUUGAUUUUUCAUAAAUUUGUUGAUAUUUAAAAAAUGAUAUUGUUGAUUUCGUAUUCACUUUAGAGGUCUCGCUUCACCCACCCAAAAAGGUUGGCAGAACUAUGUCCAGUGGUCGCUGUACUCGGCCGUCAACUGCGCGUACCUACAUCUAGUAUAGGUAUUAUUUUGUAAGUUUUGUAUGUAUGGUCGGAGGCCCGUAAAUGUCGCUUCUGGAAUUACCAUUUUGUUUUAAAGUGUGAUUAAAUCACAUUACGACGUAA